GGCUCUGGGGGGUCUCUAGGGGUCAUCGGCCCCACGGGAUCCGUGGGUCUGCCCCACGGUGACGCGGCCGUGGGGCAGUUCGGGGCCGUGCAGUUCUCGGACGGGUUCCGCUGCCAUUUCUCCCUGGGGGAUUUCGCCGCCCGGCCCCGGCCCCGGGAGCUGCUGAGGGACGUGCGGCAGCGGGGGGGACUCACCGACACCUUCGCCGCCAUCCGCUACGUCGUGCGGGAGAUCUUCACCCCCGAGCGGGGGGCGCGGGCGGGGGCCAAGCGGGUGCUGAUCCUCAUCACCGACGGCGACGCCACCGACACCGACAACGGCAGCGUCCGGGAGGCCGAGGAGCGUGACAUCACCCGUUACAUCAUCGGGGUGGGCAACAACUUCGGGACCCCCGACACCCGCCUCUACCUCAGCCAAUUCGCCUCCAGCCCCAGCUCCGAGUUCGUCAAGGUCCUGGACAGCUUCGAGAAGCUCCGGCACCUUUUCCGCGAGCUCCAGGCCAAGAUUUACGCCAUCGAAGGCACCAGCGACCUGAACCGCUUCCACCUGGAGCUCUGCUCCAGCGGGAUGAGCCUGGAGGUGGCCCAUGGCCGGCGGGUGACGGGCGCGGUGGGGGCGGACAAUUGGGCCGGGGGGUUGGUGGAGCUGGAGGAGGAGCCGGGAGACGAGACCUUCGUGGCCAGUCCCUCCCUGGAGGAGAACGUCACCGACACCUACCUGGGCUACGCGGUGGCCGGGCUGCGCGUCCCCGGCCGGGCGCUGGUGGCGGCGGGUGCCCCCCGUCACCGUCACCUGGGGGCCGUCGUCCUCUUCGAGGUCCCCCGGGACGCCGGGAGCUGGCGGGUGCUGCAGACCCUCCCCGGCGAGCAGGUGGGCUCGUAUUUCGGGGCCACCCUCUGCGCCCUGGACCAGGGCGGGGUGACGGUGGCCUUGCUGGUGGGUGCCCCCCACUACUACGACGGGCGCCGGGGGGGGCGGGUGCUCCUCUACCGCUGGCAGAAGGACGCCCUGGAGGGGACCGGGGAGCUCUGGGGGGUCCCAGGUCACCCCUUGGGCCGCUUCGGGGCGUCUCUGGGGACGUUGGGUGACCUCGACGGUGACGGCUUGGCCGAGGUGGCCGUGGGCGCCCCCUUGGAGGACGACGACCGUGGGGCCGUCUACGUCUUCUUCGGGCGACCUGGGGGGCUGGAGCCCCACUUCAGCCAGCGCCUGGAGGGGCGGGGGGUGGCCCCGGGGCUGCGGUUCUUCGGACAGGCCCUGGACGGCGCCAUGGACCUGACGGGGGAUGGGCUGGCGGACAUGGCCGUGGGGACAGAGGGGCACGUCGUGGUGCUGAGGUCCCGCCCCGUGCUGCGCGUCACCCCCCUCCUGACCGUCGACCCCCCCCGCGUCCCCCCCCGCGGCGGCGACUGCUCGGCCCUGGGCCCCUCCCCCCUGCGCCUGCGCCUCUGCCUGCGCCACGCCCAGGGCGCCCCCGUGACCCCGGUGACCUUCGUGGUGGAGGUGGAGCCGCAGCGGGCGCGGGGGAGGGGCAGCAUCGGGGGGGGCCGGCGCUGGGCGGGGGAGGUGCCGGCGGGGGAGGGGCCGCGCUGCCAGAGCCAGGAGCUGCUGGUGCCGCCCUGCCUGGAGGAUUUCGUCACCCCCAUCCGCGUCGCCGUCACCCUCUCCCUGCCCCAUAGCGACCCCCCGGGGCCCAUCCUGCCCCCCAACACCCCCCCCACGUGGAUCGAGAUCCCCUUCCAGCAGAACUGUGGGGCAGACGAGGUGUGCGAGGCCGACUUGUGGGUCCAGGCGCUGCCGUCGGGGGCGGCGGUUCUGGGGGUCCCGGGGGCCGAGCUGGGGCUGCGCCUGACGGUGGGGAACGCGGGCGAGGACGCCUAUGGGGCAGCCCUACAAGUGCGGCACCCCCCGGGGCUCUCCUUCCGACGGGCCCGGGCCACACGGGAUGCCGCCCCGGUAUCCGUCAACUGCUGGGCCCCCGAGGCCGCCGUGGGGCAGCCGUGGGUCCUGGCCUGCAACAUCAGCCGCCCCGUCCUCCACGCCGGCUGGCAGGUGACGCUGGAGCUGACGUUCGACAUCCUCCAAAACGCCACUUGGGGGGAGACCGUGGGGCUGAGGGCGGACGCCAGCAGCGACAACGAGCCCCACGCCGCCAUGGGGAACAACAGCGUCUCCUGGGACGUCCCCGUCCGCUUCGCCCUCAGCCUGGUGGCCACCUGGCAGGACGAUUCCACCCCCUACCUCAACUUCAGCUCCCUCAGCCCCACAACCAAGAGCCUGCAGCACCGCUAUAGGCUGGAGAACCUCCUGCCGCUGCCCCAUGGCAGCCCCCCCCCCAACCUGACGGCCUUCGUCCUCCUGCCCCACACGCUGCCCCACAACCUGACGGUGCUCGACCCACAAGUGACGAUGGAGCCUGGCGGCGCCUGCGUCGCCGUGGGGCAGGAGGAGGUGAAGGGAGACGCCGUGGGGCAGCAGCUGAACCGGAGCAUCACCAAGGGCUGCUUCACCCCCCGGCUCCGCCCCUUCCGCUGCCCCACGGCGCCCCUCCCCCGCUCGGCCGCCAUCCGCCUCCGCGCCCGCCUCCGCCCCUCCCCCACCCCACAGGGCCCCGCCCGGCCCCGCUUCUGCUCCGCCCUAUGGCUGACGCUGGCCCCGCCCCAUUAUGACGUCAGCACCCAGUUCCUCCACGCCCAGGGCUUCACGGAGGUGGAGCUGCUGCGGGAGCUCGACCCCCGCCCCAUCUAUGUGGGGGGAGGGGUGGGGGGGCUCCUCCUCCUCCUCCUCAUGGCCUUCGGCCUCGCCAAG